AUGAUUGCCGCCUCAGAACCGGUGGAAUAUAUUCCAGGUGGCCGACGGAUAAUCUCAAGGCACCCUGGAUCUUUAAUUAAUCAACAUUUAUCUAAUAAUCGAACAACUGGUGGGGAAAAUAUUCUAUUAAAAAGGUUCAGUGAAGUGAAUAUAUCGGAAAAAUCUCCUAAAGAAAAUUGGUUGGUACGUGAUAACAAAGCAUGUGGAGAAGAAGAAUUAUAUUAUUCGGGUAAAGUAGCAGUUCAUUGCAAAGGCAAUCAGACUACUCGAAUACACAAAGCAACUUAUACAUGUGAGACAGACAUUAAGCAUGCUCUGUGGUGCAAAUUUCAUACAAGUAUACCAGAUCAUUUGACUAAGGGCAAAGAAUACGAAGAUGAAAAAUCUAUUGGCAAAUCUGUAGAAUGUGUUUGCUUACUUGACACAUAUACUCUUAAAGUUUUUACAGAAAGUGGUGAAGAUUAUGUUUCUACCUUACAAUUUCAGGUUUCUGCUGUAUGGUCAACAAAAUAUGGUAUUAUAUUGGAAAAGUGCCAAGUACCAAUUAUAGAAUCCAGAUAUAUAUCAUUUGAAAGCAGUAGAUUACCAUCACAAAACGAUAAUAAUUUACCAAUAGCCUUUUCACUGAUGCAUCCAUUGGAUGAGAUUUGUCCUCUACUUAUUAAGCAUGGACCUGUGUCGUAUAUGAGUGACUCGAACCAACAAAUUAUAUUCACUAGUUCAGAACCAUCUUUGGCGGUAGUAUAUGACACAAAAUCUGGUCUGCAUUCUGUUUACAAGAUCCGUAAAGCGUUAGCCGAAGAAUGUCAAAUAGUUUGCGGAACUAACGAGACGACGCUUAGUUUACUUAAUCGUUCAACUAAUGCAUCACCGUUAAAUGUUGGUAAUAACCUAUCUACCAACAAAAGUUUGAUCAAUAAGGGGCAUCUGAGCAUUUUUGGAGCUGCAAAUCUACAGAUGAGCAACAUCGGUAACAUAGGUCUAGGAUUAUCCAAUUCUCCAUUCGGAUCGCGCACUGCUUCUUACAAUACCACUUGUUCCGGCGGACCGUCACCCUCGCAGCAACAGCAACAAUCGCGCUCGCAAAGCUCGAUGGCUACCAUCUCUCGCUGUCAGUCACCUACACAUUCGGCUCUGUCACCUUUGCUAGGAGCACCAGCCAAUCCAAGUAUCUACAACAGCAGAUUACAUCAAACCGUCAUGGUGACCGCUCUGAAUCAGACACAGAAUAGUCCAAUGGGUAGUUACAACAGUAUCCAACUGAAAGAUGUUGCCACAGUGGGCAAACCCUUAUAUCCAGAGAUCUGUCUCGAUCACGUAUGGACCGAAAGUGCUGGCUCGUCGAAAGAUAUCAUUUACGGUCGUGCAUCAAAGGUUCUUCUAACGUCGGAUCUUGUUGGACAGAGUUAUUUGGGCUAUUUGGUACCGAAUCGUUCCCAGUUUUUUUUAGUGAGACUGGAAAAGACUAAUAAACAACAGCGGAUCAUUUUUGGAAUGGUGACGAGCAUCACGGCUAAGGAUGCUGUUAGUUUGCCGAAUCUCAAUAUGAUAGCGACUGUUGAUUUAUCAAAUAGCAUUGUAUUAUACACGGGAGUCACAUGUGUGGGUAAAUUGCAUAUAUCUGGCAUACUUUCCAAUCUUGCGGGGAACAAUUAUUUUUUGUCAAAUAGCAAUCCGAAGUCUGAAUCUCCAUUUCCGCGAAGAAGUUCCUUGAUUUCUCAGAGCUGUACUGCUUCGCAUGAAAUUAAAUUCGACGAGGUUUUACAUUUGCUGAGUCCUGUAGGCGGUAAUUGUGCUCGUCCACCGAUACUCUUGGAAAACUCGUUGCUGGAUACAAACUUGAUCACACUGAAAGAAGCAGUAGGCAAUCAAAUAACUGUAGAAUGCGGAAACAAACAGUAUUUUCGUAUAACAUUACCCACAUCCAGCACAUCGCCUUUAGUUACUAAAUGUUUACAUACAUUGCGAAGUGUACUCCAAAGAGAUCUAGCAAUGGAAUUGUUGGUCAAAUGGUACGGCGCUAGAAAUGCUCCGGGUCCGCAAGACUUCUCACCAGCGCGCGAAUGGGAUCUCUUCCUCGUGGUUUUAUUCACAUUAUUAGGAUACGAUGUAGAAAAAUUGCACAUAAUACGAAACAACGAGAAGGAUCAAUUUGCAGAUCGCAAUAGUCCCAUGGUGCUACCGAAAAAGCAGAAAACCAGCAAUUGCGGAUCCCAUGAUGAUUGGCUACACUUAUUGAAUUCAAGCGAGUACAAAAACUCUCAAGUUUCUAUUUCGAAUAUAUUGAGAAGCCAAAAAGUAUCCAACUAUCUGCGUACAAUACCUCUAGAUGAAAAAUCGAACAAUUUCGGCAGGAUAAACGUACAAGCUGCCCUAUUUCCACAUCUCCCACUUGUUCUAUUUUCUCUUCACCUGCUGUACGAGGAGCUAAAAUUGAAUAAUGUCAUAUCGGAAAGCCUGCCGUUGCUUGGACAACUGCUGUAUCAAUUAAGUGCAGAUUUGAAGUUUGAAAUGUACACUCAUCAUUACUUCCUUGACUCACCCUCGUUGUGCUAUCUAAGAACCGUGACAUCCCAAAUCAGUGACACAGACUUACAGAAAAUAACGAUUCCAAAUUACAUACCUCGGAAGCCACCGGACAUGUUCGAAACGUUGGACAACAUGCUCAAUGGAAUAGACGUAAUCGCGUAUCCGUACUUGAAUCACGUUAAUCCGAAAACGAAAAAUCUAAUAUAUAUAAUUGCACUGAUAGCGAAUGAGAAUAGCAUAAAGGUGAUAGAAAUGGAGAAGUAUAUCAAGUUAAUCGUGCCCGCCGGAAGUCGCAUUGAUCCUCAGGAAAAUAACAAGUCCGAUAAAGAUAUGCUAAAAAUAUCGGAGAAACCCACGACAGAUAAAAUAAUAUUGCUGUAUCAUGAGAUGGAUAUGACGAAACAAGAUCUCGAGUUAUUACCACCUGCAGUGUCUUUGAUGAUACAAGACGUUAUACAUAGAUGCAGGGAAUGUCCGCCAUCGAAUUGGCCUAUGCGCGUGUACGAACUCAUAGAUCGCCAAGAUUUAGCUGCGUUAGAUAGGCAUCUGAAACCACCGAAAUUACGCCACGUUGAUAGCGAAACGAAGAACUGUACGAUGAAGGAUCCCGAGCAAGACGACGGCAUGGGAUUUGACGAUACGAUACUAAAGUUACGAUUCAGUAAGGAUCAUAGAGUCGCUGAAGUGCGAAGACUGCUAAAUUCUUCGAAACCAGUAAGGAUAGCGAUAGUCCAGAGAUCAAACGUAAGCGAUCAUGAGUUUAUAGAAGAGCAAGAGAAACAUCUACUUACAUUGUCCACAAGAACAAUGUCAUUACCUGUAGCUAGAGGCAUGUUCACACUGAGAACUUCUAGCCCAAUAAUAACGGAGCAAUUGCCUAUUCCACGACUGUGUUUAAAUGGUAAGGCACCACCACGUGGAACUACCGUCGAAUUAGCUCAUAUAGACAUUCCCCCCAAUAUAAAUCUAUGGCCGUUAUUUCACAACGGUGUAGCUGCGGGCCUGUGUAUUCAUCCAGAUGCUGUGAACAUUGAUUCGACAUGGAUAGUGUAUCAUAAGCAGCAACAAGGCGAAUACGGAGUAGAACAUUCGGGGUUCCUAUUAGGUCUUGGUUUAAAUGGACACUUGAAAAACUUGGCUUCCUUAAAUACAUACGAGUAUCUGGUCGAUUGUCACGAAGCUACUAGUGUUGGACUUCUUCUGGGUUUAUCAGCGACGUAUCGUGGCACGAUGAACGUGUCUAUGACUAAGCUAUUGUCGUUACACGUGGAAACGCUUCUGCCACCGACCAGUAUUGAAUUGAAUGUACCACAGAAUGUUCAAGUAGCAGCUUUAUUGGGCGUUGGCCUCGUGUAUCAAGGAACCGCGCACAGACACAUCUCGCACGCUUUGUUAUCUGAAAUCGGUAGACCACCAGGACCUGAAAUGAAGAACUGUGUGGACCGCGAAUCGUAUUCCUUGGCAGCAGGAUUGGCGUUAGGUUUGGUUAUACUUGGUUCUGGCGGCGGAACAGACUUACCUGCGAGUAUACCCGAUACUUUACAUUAUUACAUGGUCGGUGGACACGUAAGACCUUUCUCUGGAGCGCAAAAGGAUAAAUACAAGUCGCCUAGUUAUCAAAUACGCGAGGGCGAUUCGAUAAAUAUCGACGUAACGAGUCCUGGAGCAACGAUAGCCUUAGGAUUGAUGUACUUUAAUACCGGAAAUCGUGCAGUAGCCGAAUGGAUGCAGGCUCCCGACACAGAGUAUCUGUUAGAAUUUGUGAGGCCGGAUUUUCUUCUGUUAAGAGUGCUCGCAAAGUCACUAAUUUUAUGGGAAGAUAUUCAACCCACCAAGUCGUGGGUCUCUAGUCAUGUGCCUCAUAUAGUUUAUAAGUACCGACUGCAAAAGCCCGCGCCAGAAGCCACGCAAGAUGUGGAUUUGGAAACUAUCAACCAGGCUUAUUGUAACAUUAUAGCUGGUGCCUGCAUGGCUCUGGGACUACGAUACGCGGGCACUGCUAAUAAAAAUGCCUUCAAGACUUUAUAUAAUUACGCUCAAAUGUUUACGGCAUUGUCACAUAAAACCAUAGCCGAAUUAGCUGGCAAAUCAACUGUUGAAACAUGCUUGAACGUUGUUCUGCUUUCGACUGCAGUGGUAAUGGCUGGUACUGGCAACUUAGACGUGAUGAGAAUAUGCAGACAUAUACGCACUCGCGUGGGACCUGCAAGCAGUGUUGUCACAUACGGCUCUCAUUUAGCAACGCACAUGGCACUUGGCUUUCUUUUUCUGGGUGGAGGCAGAUACAAUCUUUCUAAUAGUCCGUUUGCAGUAGCGGCUCUUAUAAUUUCGCUUUUCCCAAAAUUCCCGACUCACAGCAACGACAAUAGAUAUCAUUUGCAAGCAUUGCGUCAUUUAUAUGUAUUAGCAGCUGAACCACGCGUUAUCUUGCCGAAAGACAUAGAUACUGGUCAGUAUUGUUACGCGACGAUAUAUCUGACAUUCGAGAGCGAGAAAGAAGCCGAAGGACAGGAAAUCAGCCUGCAAGCGCCAUGCCUGUUGCCGCAGUUACGUAGUUUGAGAAAAGUCGAGUUGAAAGACUCGAGAUACUGGAAAAUCACAUUCGAGAAACAUCACAACUGGCAAAAGUUAGAGAAUAUGCUCGAGAGACGCGAUUUCUUAAGUAUUAAACAGAGAGCUGGCUGUUUAUCGUACCUGGAAGAUCCUCAUGGAUUUAGAACUUUAAUGGCCCAAACAUUAACUACAGAAAAUGCAAUUGCGUGGGCUGCACGACCAGAAUAUGUCACAGCGUUUACAAAUGAUAAAACUGUGUUGAACAUAAUAACACACUUUCUUCAAUGGCCUAAAAAAGAAAUUCGUUCCGAGAAUGUAAAAUGCUCGUCGCAAAAUGAUAUACAAUGCAGAAUGGCAGAAUUUGAACGAUAUUUUCUUCAUAUAUUCGCAAUAAUCCUAUACGAAUGCAUCACCAAAGACAAAGUGAGUCUCAUACCAUUAUGGUUGCACAUAAUGAAAAACUUGAGGGCGAUCGAGGAGCAGCCAAAUAGUUUUUCAAUGUGGCAAAUUAAACUUGUUUCGUCACAAGUCUCGAAAAUAUUAAAUUCCACGGAUAAGGCAAAUCCGCUACUCAGUGUGGAAAGUAUGCUCGCAAUUAAACAAAAAACUACGGUUAUAUUGGACAAAUGGGAGCAUGAUUUGAAGCCUUUGCUCAAACAGUAUCUCGUCAAUGGGAUAAUACAGGCUGAUGCUGAAUCUCUAGCCAAAAUGUGUGCUUAUUUUAUAUUCUACCGUAUUCCGUAUCCAAUUGAUGAUAAGAUUUUGACCUCAAUUUUACGGGUAAAACCCUCUAGUAUACCAAACAUUACAUUGUACAAAUUGCGUGAUAUUGUACAAUCAACUUGAAAAUAUUGCAUUAUAUAAAUCUGUGUAUGUAUAUAUCACAAAAUGAAUAAAAACAAGGUAAUUAUACAGUUUA